GUAAUCAGUACAAUAGAGCAGGCAACUCGUUAAAGCGGGCGUAACUUUUAUUUUAGAGCAACAUUGAGCAGAUGAGUGGUUUUCCGACGCGUUUUUUACCACGCGAGGCGAAAAUUUCGUAAAUUAUUCACCCUGCGUGCAACAUGGAUUUCGAAACUUUGGCGUCAGGACUUAAUUGCACACCACCGGCAAUAGAUGAUUUUCCUUCCGAUCUAUUAACGGAAGAACAAAGGCGAGAUGGCGGCAUUUUGGUUCACAUAUUCGUUUCGCUGUAUCUGUUCGUAGCCUUAGCUGUAGUCUGUGAUAACUAUUUUGUGCCAGCCGUAGAAAAAAUUUGCCAUGCAUUAAACAUGUCGGCGGACGUAGCCGGAGCGACUUUUAUGGCCGCCGCGACGUCAGCACCCGAACUCUUCGUAAACGUGAUCGGCACCUUUAUAACUGAGGGCGACAUAGGCGUAGGAACCAUCGUGGGUUCUGCAGUUUUCAAUAUUUUAGCCGUGGCAGCGUGUUGUGGAGUCAGCGCUGGAAUGUGUGGAGUAAAAGUAAUCCCGUUGGACUGGUGGCCGUUGACACGUGACUGCUUGGCCUAUGGGAUCACGGUGUCCAUUUUAAUCUGUAUAAUUCACGAUGAGAGGAUCGAGUGGUACGAGGCUUUGAUAUUAGUACUUUUAUAUAUUGUAUAUAUAUUGAGUAUGUAUUUUGAUAAGUCCAUACAAAAAUGGGUUAGAGGGUCUGUAAGACAUAUCAAAAAAACGUCGAAGCAAGAAAAGAACCACUCUAUAUCAAUGGAAAACUCGACCAACAACACCAAUAAUGUCAAUGAAGUUCACUUAAACGACAAUUCACUUAUCUCAACGGAAACGACAAUUAGGAAGCAGAAAAAUUCGAACGAUAACAACAUUUACGUUAUCACGCCGGCCCAUUUAAACGGUUCUGUAAAGAAUGAGGAAUCUGUCGAGGUGAAGGAGGAGCCGCCCAAGUUGGAAUUGAGCAGCAGGGACACUGAAACGGAACUUCCGUUUUGGAAAUGGCCGGCGGGCAAAGGAAAAUUUAGCCAGAUGACAUGGAUAGUUACAUGGCCCAUCCGGCUAAUUUUCUUCCUAACCAUCCCGGACUGCGAAAAACCCAAAUUAAAAAAAUGGUUUCCCAUCACGUUUUUAAUGUGCAUCAUUUGGAUCGGAUCUCUGUCGUAUAUUGUUGCUUGGAUGAUAACGAUCAUUGGACAUACGCUGCAUAUUCCCGAUUCUGUAAUGGGAAUAACGUUUUUAGCGGCUGGUACCAGCGUGCCAGAAGCAGUGUCUAGCGUAAUAGUUACACGACAAGGUCAUGGAUCUAUGGGUAUCAGUAACUCAAUUGGAUCAAACACAUUUGACAUAUUAUUGUGCUUGGGUUUGCCCUGGUUUAUCAAGGCCACUUUUAUGCCUACAAUUGCUGGAAAAUAUUUUGUUGGAAUAAAUUCAGCGGGAAUAGAAUAUAGCGCUAUUUCACUCCUUUCGUCGCUUCUCCUGCUAUACGGGGCGUUUGCUUUGAACAAGUUCAGACUGGACAAGAGAGUUGGAUUAAUAUGCCUGUUAAUGUACGCGGUGUUUUUAAUUUUCGCGAGUUUAAUUGAACUGAACGCGUUCUUCAGAGUGAAUCUACCAACGUGCGGGCCAUAAACAAUGUUAUGAUAUAGCUGUUUUUUUUUAGUACUAACAUAUGCAGCGUUUUAAACCGAACAGUUUUAACCUACGUUUAGGAAGUAAAACUUUUGCCAUAAUACAUUUAAAUGCCAGUUA